ACAGAUCGGGGCGGGUGAUUAGCGCUCUGCUGCCACCCGCGCGCGGGAGGAACGUUCUGGCGGAGCAAGCGCCGGAGCCCAGCGCGCCUGCAUAGGACUUUCUUUCUCUCCGUGUGUGCGCGUUUUAUGCGCCGGCGCCAACGGGGUGGUGGGAGAGAGUGCGACCCGGAGCGCGACUGGAAAGGGGGGACGUUGGCGUUCGCAGGCAGGAUGAGCUGAGCAUUACCCAGUUGCCAUAGAAACCAGCAGAAGGAGGUGGGCGGCCGGUCGGUCGGAGGAGAACUGGAGGGGUGGGGAGAGGGGAGCGAUUUGCCCGCAGUCCUCGCGAAGCUGCUGCGUUAGUCGGAGCGUCGCCAGAGGAAGCAAACGGCGCGCUUGCUGCGGUUCAGGUGGGAAAGGAAUUAAAACUCUUCCCCCCUCCUCUUCCUACACACGCAUACACCACUCUAGCUUCUCAUCCAUCUCGAGGGGUCUCUGGGAGCCUUUCGGGGCAAUCUGCUACGCCUUCCGCUCUCAGCACCCCAGUCCUAGAGUUACGCAGGUAAGCUCUCUUCCCCCAUUUGGGGGGGGGAUAGCUUGGGGCUGAUCUUCUGCAUCCCCAUCUCUCCAAGCAUGCAGCAGCGAAGCGGGGAUGGUGGCAUUUGAAGCAAAGGCCCACUUAUUUCUGACUACACCUGCAAAAGAGUGCAUGAGUUCUGGUGCUGCCUGCAGAGUGGCUGGACAUUUUACCAUAAACAAAAAGGGCCACACACCAUGUCAGGCUCCUAUGAUGAGUCUGCUGCAUCUGCUGAAGAAAUAACGGACAGUUUCUGGGAGGUUGGGAACUACAAACGGACGGUGAAACGGAUUGAUGAUGGAUAUCGGCUGUGCAAUGACCUGAUGAACUGUGUCCAUGAACGGGCCAAGAUUGAGAAGGCAUAUGCCCAGCAGCUGAUAGAUUGGUCCAAACGGUGGAGACAAUUAAUAGAGAAAGGCCCACAGUACGGCAGUUUGGAGAAAGCGUGGAUGGCCAUAAUGACAGAGGCGGACAAGGUGAGCGAGCUGCACCAGGAAGUGAAGAAUAGCUUGUUGAAUGACGACUUCGAGAAGGUGAAGAACUGGCAGAAGGAUGCCUUCCACAAACAGAUCAUGGGAGGCUUCAAGGAGGCAAAGGAAGCAGAGGAUGGUUUUCGGAAAGCACAAAAACCCUGGGCCAAGAAGAUGAAGGAGCUGGAAGCAGCCAAGAAAGCAUAUCACCUGGCAUGCAAAGAAGAGAAGCUCGCUAUGACCCGGGAAGCCAACAGCAAGGCUGAGCAGAACAUAACUCCAGACCAGCAGAAGAAGCUGCAAGACAAGGUGGAAAAGUGCAAGCAGGAUGUGCAAAAGACCCAGGAGAAGUAUGAGAAGGUGGUAGAUGAGCUGAGUAAGUGUACCCCACAGUACAUGGAGAGUAUGGAGCAGGUCUUUGAGCAGUGUCAGCAAUUUGAAGAGAAGAGGCUCAACUUCAUGAAGGAAGUGCUGUUGGAUAUCAAGCGGCACCUGAACCUGGCUGAGAACAGCAGUUAUGCUAAGGUGUACCGUGAGUUGGAGCAGACUGUUCGUGCAGCUGAUGCUCAAGAAGACCUUCGGUGGUUCCGCAACACUAAUGGGCCAGGAAUGCCUAUGAACUGGCCUCAGGUGGAGGAGUGGAACCCAGAUGCAGCACAAACGAUAACAAGGAGAGAGAAACCUCCUAAAAAGAAUGAAGGAGGCAACACAUCCAAUGCCAGUGGAGGUGGGGAGGCAGCAACGCAAGCUGCAGACCGUGGCAGUGUGAGCAGCUAUGAGCGUAGCCAAGCCUAUGCUGCAGAGUGGUCAGACGACGAGGGCGGCAACACCUACAACUCCAGUGAAGCCAAUGGUGGUGCCAACUCCUUUGAGGAAGAGCCAGCUACAAAAGGCGUGCGUGUGCGAGCUCUGUAUGAUUAUGAUGGGCAGGAACAGGAUGAACUAAGUUUCAAAGCAGGUGAUGAAUUAACCAAAUUAGGUGAAGAAGAUGAACAAGGGUGGUGCAAAGGGCGUCUGGACAGCGGGCAACUGGGUCUUUAUCCAGCUAACUAUGUGGAAUCUAUCUAGUUUUGUCAUGUUCUCCUCGCUGCUGUCAAAUAGAAACCAACCUGCUGUCGUCUCCCAUCUCUCUAUGCCAGCCAAGUAGUCAUCUUGCCGUUCAGUCACUCACUCAGCGCAGUUAGAGAUCCAAACAUAUUUUCCAAUCAAUCUUUUAUUUUUUUAAUAGUAGCUUCUGAAGAGUAUUUUGUGAUUGCUUUAAUUGUUUUUUUUUCUUUUUGUGAUAAUGAGAUACUAAAGGUCGACACUGUCUAUGGAGGGCUUCUUAAAUAAGUGAAAGCCAAUAUCUCAAGCCCUUAAAAGCCUAACCAACAAGGCUUCUGAUUGGCUGGUUUUUAAGGAUAAUGUAUUGAUGAUCUACCUUAAACUAUUCUGAAACAUCUGGCACUUAUGCUACUGGGGUCAUUAAAUCUAUUUCACCUUCUUUGAAUAGACUGAAGCAAGUAAAAACAAGGAGGAAAUUGAGUAUACUCUCUUUGAUUUUUUAAUCCUGUCCAUUGGCUUUCUGCAUUUUCUUCUCUAUUCCUAUUUUGACAAGCAACAAGGCAACUACUGUGUCUUCUGCAACAAGCCUCAGUCAGCAUUCCUGUGCUACCUUCCAGCUGAUUAUCCUGAACCACUGAAUUUAGUGAAGUAUUGUAUCGGUAUGCUAUAUAAAUCAAAGGGUUCACUCUACAGCGCCCCAAGAUCUCAUUUUCCCCAUGACACUGGAACAUGAUAAGGCUUCUCAUUUGGCAGAUUUGGAACAUACUGAGACUCUGAGCUCAAGAUGGACACCCUAUGCAAAUAAUCAAAGUGUACUUCACUGGCUCCUUUUCCCCAGUUUCUCUUGAGGAACUGGGCUGCAUUACUGGGGAUCUGAUCAGAUAGUGGUGGAGCAGAUGCACCCCUUUAAUACAAAAACAUGAAUUAUCUGCUAUUUCCAGACUGAAAGAUAUCUGCUGAGGAAGGAGAGAGAUGAGAUGCACACCUGUGAAAGCUAAUAGCUGCCUACAUGAAGAGAAAGACCACCAAGCUUUUGAUGGAUAAUGCAUUAUUAUUAUAUGGUCCCAAAAACGUAGCUCAAAACUGAUGAUCUGCCACACUUUUCCAUUUGAUUGCCCAUUACAUUGCUGUGGAUGGUCAAGAUGCUGCUGGAAGCAUAUCUUUGAAUGAAAUCCAAGCCUUCAGCCAAGGUGAUCAUUUCACCAACCACCAGAUGUUGGCUGGUAAUAUUAUGCAAUGAACAGGCAUAGGAACCAGGGCCAAGUGUACCAAACUGAGGUGGUGAAAGGCUGCAUCUCUAUAUCAACUAGAACAAGAAAACCUACAUAGUGCACAAUUAUGGAGGCAUGAAGUUGUCACUGUGGUAUCAUGAGGCAGCAGAUGAUAUGAAAAGCAUUCAAGCAGCUAGUAAUAGAUGCCCACCCUAGUGCUGGGCAAAAGUAUCUCAAAAGUAGUGGAAACGCCAGUUGGACUUCUGUGCAUGUUGUGCUAUGGACAAAGAUUGCACCUGAAUUUGUGCAUUGAUUUUGAACAGUUUAGAGACACAGAAGCAGCCAGCCGCCUGAAGGAUAGCAGAAAUGGGUAACAGAAACCACAAAGAAAAGUUGGUUGUAAAGUGAGAUGUGAUGUCCCUUUUGCAGAUAAAAUAAGAAGACUGCUAAGAGGAAUAUUUAUAAUGGAAUCCCAGAUAAAGCACCAAAUCCUGUUGGAUAAAGCUUCAUCCUGUUUGAGAAAGUACACUUGCAGCUUCACAGAAAUGUAAGGAGGGAGUUUGAGGGCUUCCCAGGAUGCAUCUGUGGAAGUUCUCUGUUUCCUUCCUGAGCCUGGAGUUGGCACUUAAAACCUUUAAACUGAGGAUGGAUGGAUGCCUAGAGUUUAAACUAAAUGUGUAAACCCAAACAUUUAAAAGUCCGUAUCAGUGGUAGGAGAGGGUUUGGUUUACUUCAGUCUCCAAAAUUACCCUGUGUUAACACUGGAAAUCAGAAAUUGGGAUAGCUCAUACUUGAUAGAUUCAGGAAACUGCUGGGUUCCUGGACCAGGGAUGAAAAAACUCAGACCCAGGUACCAAAUGCAGCCCUCCAGGCCUCUCUUCCUGGCCCUAGGGACUCUCCCCAGGCCCCACCCCUCUCUAGCCCUGCUUCCCACCCCAAGCUUUUUUGCCAGGCUGGAAUGUGUCCUUGAACUCUGAUAGUGCCUCUUGCUUGUCUGGAUGGAGGAUUACGAGGAGUGUGUAUAAAAACUUGCUUACUGUACAAAGGUAAAAUUUACAUUUAUUGCUCCACCCACUUUUGCCUCUAGUCCACCCACCCCUGGCAUGUGAACCUUGGAAAGCUGCCCAGGGAGAGUGUGAACCUCAGGCUGAAAAAGGUUCCCUACUACUGUCCUGGAUCAAAGGGAAGUGGCUUUCCCCCAUCUUUCACUUUCCAGAACCUUGUCAAUUGGCACAAGAGAAACUCUUAUCCACAGGGGAAGAAGCUUUGUUAGAAAAAUUAGCAUAGGGUGACCGUUUCUCUCAGUCAUCAUCCUGUUUGGCCAAAGAUAUCGCUGAACUUAAAAUCUGAGAUCCAAAUGGAUUUAAGAUUCAAGAAGCCUUCUGUAACAGUAAAUGAGGAUCCUUCAUAAUUUUUAAGUUUCCCAAUGUUCAUAAUAAGUUGAAUUUUCAAACAAGCCUUGGGUCCUGUUUUCAGAUAGUACAGAGCUUGAGCCCUAAAAAGGUAAAUAAAGAAGCAAGUUAUUUUUACUGCCUAGAUGUUGGCCAGCAGUACAAUUCACUGGCUUUGGAUUUAUCCCUGCUACCAGAGACAGACCAACGUUUCUGAAGAGGUUAUUUGGUGUUAAAGUUGUCAGAGAAUGGAAAGUGACAGAAUAGAUUCAAGCAUUUCAGUGUAAAUGUCUCUACUUAAACGUCUGAUAUUCAGUGCAAACAAUUAUUGGAUGGAAGACACUUUUUGUGAAUUCUUUGUUUCUUUAUGCACUGAAUGCUGAUCUCAGAAUCUACCAUUCCCACAUGAAAGACAAGGAAACAAAUACCAAUGGGUUACAUUUCCAGGGUAAUCACUCCAUCAAUGGAAAGAGCUUCUGUAAAUGGACAGAGAGUUGCACACAUAGAAGGGUCCUUCUGCAAAAAGAACCUCCUUCUGUUGACAGUUAUGUUUGAUGCAAUAUAAAUAGGGAGUCAAUAUGUCAAAGAUUAUUAUAGCAUCCAAUAAAAAAGGAAGCAAGAUCAUUGCUAGUGACAUUAGCAGAGAAGUAGAAUUAGAUGCAAUUACUUUAAGGAGAAACUAAAUUUGAUCUGAAUACCGUUGGAACAUAUUUGUGUCCCCAGAAUCUCAAAUUUAAAGACAUCUCUUGUUUAUUCAGGAACUGUUUAGUUACUGGUUUUUAAAUAGCUCCAGUCACAUAGGCCUUUAAGAACUUGUCCUUCUCCAAGUGGAAAGCUGAAAUAAUCACAACAGAUUUCUCUGUAUUUUAUCUUCCUGGUUUCCCUUACCUUGCUUCCCCUCUACUCAAAUGCAUGGGUCCCUCACAGCCUUUUUUUAUCUUAGAAACUAGAAAAGCUAAAGGUCAGGUAGGUUACGUGAAGUCUUAGCAGUCCUUUCCCCAAUCUCUUUUCUCCAUGGUAGCACAAUAUACAUGGUGCGUAUCAUCAGCGCUGCAUAUCAGCUGGGCUUGUGCCAUCUUUGACUGACAUAUUUUGAACUGAUGGAAUCUGAUUAUUCCAUCAUCCAGCUACCUCCCAUUGCCUAAUCUGUUCCUUUCACAUAUCUCACCUAAGAGGGCUCACUAUAUUUACUUCUAUUUUUUAGAAGGCUCCUUUUUGGUGUCUGGUUACAGCACACUUUUAUUAACAUUUCUCUUCUUAAGGGUGCCCUUUUACAUAUGAUUGAUCCUGCUGGGAACCCACAGAUGCUUAUGGUUAUUGUAGUUUAUCUAGUGUAUUUCCUCCAUUUUCAUGUUAUUUGUGUCCCCAAGUCUUUCCUUGAAUGCCAUCAGUCAUUCCCUUCUCAACAGUCCCCCAGUUUCUUUAUAUACAGCUACCAUCCUUCCUCCUCCACUGCAGUCUGUUUAUCUUAUGAAUUAUUGGACCCAGUGAACCAAGUGUUGUUCCUGAACAAAACAUGCUGCAUACUGGAUAAUGUAGACAAGAUUUUUCCGACCUUCAACUUUUGUUUUGUUAGGUUAAGAAAAACUUUGAGGAAUGCUGUUGUCUCAGCAAUGCACCUGUGUGUGUUUUUUGUACAUUGAUUGUGUAAUUUAAAACAAA